ACUGCAGUUUUUUUUUUUUUAUCACGUGACCAACCAAGCUGGCUUUUACUGUGUGACACAGGAGUGACGAUGCUGCUGAUGAGUUGUCGCUGACAAUGGUGUCAAGAUUCUACUGGUCUUCAAACUGGAAAGAAGUGCAGCACCAUGCGACACCAUGCGACACCAUGAAGCACUCACUACACACGACACCAUGGAAUCGAAUCAGAAGUCCACGUCUCGAACCCGAGACUUGAGGGGCAGGUAAUUCGGCAACAGACGGCCAUCAACAGGCAUCAACAAGCUGUUAGCUGCCGUCUGCUGACAACCUAGUGAUGAGAGCGGCCAAUAAAAAGAAUGGCGGUUACUUCAGUACAGGGCCAAUGGAUUUUAGAGCAAUCAUAGGGUCUCCUCCACAAAAGCCUGUCUGCAGAAUUUGUGCGAAGACCUAUUACAAAUGCGAAUGUGGACCAUACCGGAAUCAAAGUCCUUCAGUUUGCCAAGGAAUGUACCAAAACGUUCCGUGUUACACACCAGUGAAGAGUCCUACAAGAACCCUUGUGUGUAAACAGCCAGCGCCAUGUGCAGUGCUUCAAGAAGAGUACGAACCACCAGACUAUCUGUGUCUGUCCAUCUUGAGCUGUCUGACCUUCUGCUGCCCCAUCGGGGUCUGUGCCAUCAUGUACUCCUGCGCUUCAAGAGAUGCAAAGAAAGAGGGAGACUUUCGUGCUGCUGCAAAAUUCAGCGAGAAGGCCAAACAGUUCGUUAUCGCCGGUAUCAUCUGCGGCACUAUCUUAAUAAUUAUUAACAUUAUCAUCAUUAUAUCGACCCCUAGGCAGUGCCUUGUUGGAAAUAGCUGUUAGUUGUGCCACGUGGACCGAUGGACUGUUAUGACAGAUCUAGUCUGGAAGACUGUCAGGUGCAGCAUUUGACUGCAGUAAACAUGACUGAAGUUUCUAUGACUAUUGUGUGAGAUGCUUACUGCUACAUGCUAGUCGUAGUUAGAUGUGUUCUGUGUCCCUGCUGGGGAUCUUUGAGAAUUUUCUUAUCUUUAAUCCCACGUAAGCAUUAAGCAACACUUUCUUAUCACCAAAACAAUAGCAUAAAACUUAAUUAAAAUCAGAAGAGGCGAUUAUGACAUGUACAGUUUGUAGACCUCCAUGAUUGACAGCUGUAUAUCAAAAUGGUAAGUGCUGAAAGUUUCUCUAAUUAUUAAAGUGUGCAAUGGGCACACAAUUCUUCCAGCAUUAUAACAUUACUUUUAAACUGGUUUUCAAAAAAUGAAAAAGAGUAAAAAUCUUAUUUUUCUUAAGACUGGUCACUUUACAUAUGACCCUCACACAAAAAGACGAACUUAGUAGAAAGACUUUCUGCAAAAUAAAACAUUUUUUUGUUGACUUA